AUGGAAGCUGACGAAGAGGCACGGCUGCAAAACGAAAAGGACCAGGUCGUGGCUUUCGACGAGGAACUCGAGCAGGACGAAAACAGCGACUGGUUACGAGGCUGUUGCUGGCCACAAUGGUUCCGUCACAAGCCUAUUUCGCUCCUGCUUACAGCACGCUCAAUGCCAGUCGGAGGCUGCCCUCGAGACCUCUUCCUCGGAAACUGGCACGGAGUGGACUGUGUCAGCCCGGCGGCCUCGGAGCGAGCCCUGCAGCUUCUCGUAGUAGCUUCGCAUCAGGUGCUAGCUCGGUGCCAGCUGACGCUGCAGAACACCCCAAGGGUGUUGCGAUGCUGGCUUCGAAGCUGGACACCGGUGUAUUCCCCAUAUCCAUUCGAUUCCCCUAGCGCAAAGACCGUGAAGAAGUACAGUCGGAUCUGGAUAUCCGGCGUAUGCUACUUCAUGCGGCUUCAUCUGUUGACCAGUCAUUUGCGAGAAUCCAGCGCUGAUCUGUGCAGCGUCGCGUUCACCAAUGCCCAGAGAUCGGCCAUGGACAGUGUCUGGGCAGUGCUGUCGAAGACGAUCGGAGAAGCAUCCGAUGAACUUGAAGCGGCAACCGUUUCUGAGAGCUUGGUCGAGUUGCUCUUCCAGCUCUUCGUUACGUUCUGGACAGAAAGGCCUAUCGAUGGUGACGUUUCAGGGACAGCAAUAGCACGCCUUUCUGGCUUACUCGGAAUACAUCCAACCGAGCAUGCCUUCAUGAGGGCUUACGACUACACGCCGACCUUGUCAGCCCUUAUCUGGAUUGGUCGCCUAAUCUUGCUGGAGUAUGCGCUGCCUUUGCGCUCCUAUGACCUUCUCCCGAUCCCGUGGCCGGGCCGCGAGGCGUACUCGGAUCUUGGGGCACGCUUGUGUGCACAGAUACGACCGAAGUACCUCCAGCGUGGCAGCAUUUGCCCAAUAGGGUAUCUUAUCGAGAGGCUGCAGCAUGGGAGGGCGAUUGCCAAGUGUGAGGGUCCCCGAACGAGCAUUGCCUGGUCGUUGGAUGGGCAAACGUUAAAAAUAGGCCAAAGCGAGAUUACCCUGCCUCAGCUUCGACACUCAGUACACAGUAUUGUUACAGCAGUUCAACAACAGCUUGAGGACCUUCUGUUCGACUGGUGGCCUACUACAAAACUACAGAGCGUCCAGGAUGACAUCUCCAACCGUCGACCUGGUUACUCGUUCGUCUCAGACACCACGAAUAACCUGCAGUCGAGCUUUCGCGCACUAAGCAAGCGUGCCUUCUCGGCACACGGUCGCUUCUCGUUGACUGGUUCUGGACGGGCACGAGCGCUGCAGUAUCUCAAGCGACGAGACCGACUUGUCCAACUUCUGUACGCUGCGAUUCAUGUAACGAGCGGCAUGCCAGCAAGAAGCGAAGAGCUGCGGCGCAUCCGGUGGGCAAACACUCCAACAUCCGCCCGGAAUAUCUUCGUACAUGAGGGUACAAUCAUCCUGGUCUUCUCCUAUAACAAGGCUAGCACUAACCACAACAACUCGUUUUACGUGGUGCGGCGGCCUUGUCCUGCUGUGGAAACAGCUCUUUUCGUCUACCUUGGUUGGAUUCGACCGUUCUCCGACUUCCUGAAUAGAGAGUUGCAGGGAAGACCUACCACAGCCGUGAACCGGCACCUUUUCGCUCGUCACGAUUGGGAGACCGCUUGCUUUAGCUCUGAUGCAUGUCUAAAGAGCUUGAAGAGCAGCUCAUCUUGGUUUUCAUUCCCGAUCACUGUACAGAGCUACCGCCACAUCGCCGUCGCGAUGUCAAAGAAGCAUAUACCAGCACUGUUGAAGCCAUUUGAUGCUCACGCACCGAAUGACUACGACGGCUUUCUUCGCCUGCUUGCCUUUCAGACUGGCCACAAGCCGUCAACCCACGCCAAUGCAUAUGCCCUGGAGACGGCCUUUCCUGCGAAACUACAGCCGGAAUUGAUUGCCCGAUAUCUGGAGAACAGUCGUAUAUGGCACGAGUUUCUCUUUGUUGGGCAGGCCGAUAACACCUACGACAUGUCUGGUUACUUCCCAGAUCCUCCUACGCAUGCGGAGGGCGAGAGUCAGGACUUUGAGUCCGAGGAUCUAUCGAGUUCCGGACCGGAUACUGAAGCAGAAUAUGGAACGACACCGGAUUCGCACAAGGACCGUAUUCGUGCCAAGACGCGCAGAAAACGCAAGAGGGCGGCGCUUGAGGAGAUCAGCUUCAAUGAGAGCCCAGUAUCCAAAAAGAUACGGCGAUUGCAGGAUGAAAUUACUAAGUUGUCAAAGAGAAGGCGAAAAGUAGCUUGA